AUGUCGGUGUGCCCUGUCACUCCUCGUGCAGUGCGCCCUUGGGUUCUUUCUUUAACUUGGCCUCACUUCCUCCAUCUUCAUCUUGGCGCUGGGAUGAGGGACCUUUGUGAUUCGACUCGACAUUGGGGGAAAAGAGAAAACCGAAAUUGGAAGAGGCCAUUAUCAACGCUCAUGACGCUCCUUUCAAUCAAGGGCCUCGAAAGCAUCUCACGACGGGCGGGGUUUGGAAACGGAAAACGACUCUGA